AUGGACUGCGACAAGAAGAAUACAAUUCAACAAGUGCGUCCAACUGGUGGUGAAACGCACACAGAUGGGGAGACUGCGGAGAUUGGAGAAACGAAGAUCUUGGAGCUAGGCCAUGGUGAUAUCGGCUAUGAUCUAUAUCAAGAGGCUCUUCAAUUUGACCCAAUCGAACGGAAAAGAAUUGCAAAGGCUGUUAAACUGAAGCUCGAUUCCAUUCUCCUACCACUGAUGUGCAUCGCUUAUCUUUUAGGUUUUCUUGACAAAGCUGCUCUUAACUAUGCCAAUGCAUAUGGACUGCAGUCUGAUCUCGGACUUUAUGGGAACCAGUACUCGUGGGUAGCUGCCAUUAGCAAUUUCGGGUAUCUGAUUUUCGCAUAUCCAUCUACAUUGAUACUGCAGAAAUGGCCUAUUGGGAAGUUUGUGAGCUGUAUGUUGAUGGCGUGGGGGGCUCUACUGCUACUCACUCCGACAGCUAAAAAUCUCGGAGGCAUUCUCGCAAUCCGUUUUUUCUUAGGUGCUGCCGAGGCUUGUAUAGCUCCAGCAUGGAUGCUGCUUACUGGAAUGUUUUGGACUCGUCAAGAACAGCCAUUUCGCAUGGCUUGGUGGUUAGGUUGUAACGGCCUCGCACAGUUGGCAGGAGCAGGUAUCGCAUGGGGGCUAGGCCACUCAACAGGUCCUGUGGAGUCUUGGAAACUAAUCUUCGUCACUAUUGGCGCAAUAAGUUUCGGAUACGGUCUCAUCUGCCUUGCCCUGCUGCCCUCAACCCCCAUAGAUUUUUAUUUUUUCAACCAUCAAGAAACAGUGGUCGCUAUAUGGCGAAUCGCUGACAACCAAACCGGUGUCAAGCACGGAAAAAUUUUGUGGUACCAAAUUAAAGAGGCGUUGAGAGAUCCUAAAGUAUUAUGCAUUGCCGGUGCAGCUCUAUGUCUGGGUAUUGUGAAUGGAGCUAUUCAAAACUUCAUGACAACUCUUCUGAAGAGCUUUGGCUACGACGAUGUUAAGAGUGUCGAGUAUCAGAUGCCUUCGGGCGCUUUUCAGUUUAUUCCGACUGUGGCCUUCGGGCUUCUGAACUCCUACAUCCCCAACUUUCUUGUCUUCUCAAUAAGCAUCGGCUUCCUGGUACCGCUAGCGGGAAUGAUAGGUAUUGCUACAAUACCGCUUUCUCAUCAGCUGGCGCUCACGGCAUGUGCAUGGUUGCAACCAUUUGCUGGCGUUGCAAUCAUUCUAUCCUGGACACUUGUCUCAUCCAACAUAGCCGGUCACACUAAGCGCAUGUUUGUAAAUGGAUUAGAGUUCGUACUAUAUGCUGCAGGAAAUAUUAUUGGACCAUUCCUGUUUUUGCCAUCUGAGAAACCGAGAUAUUUGACUGCAAUCUGGGCUUUGGCAGGUGUGGAAGGGGCAGGCAUUCUUUUCACAGUUCUCCUGGGGUUGUGGAUGUUGAGAGAUAACAGACUCAGAGAUAAAAGUGUAGGGCAACCUGCGGAAGGGAAUGUGGUAGGAUUUUCGGAUUGCACGGAUAUUGAAAACAGGGCCUUCAGAUAUAGGCUAUAA